CACAUUCAAGAGCCCACCGUUCGGUUGGAGCAGAUUGUGUUACAAGAUUCAAUAGUGGAUUUUUACAUUGGUGCCGUUGAUUAUUAGUGAAUAAUUUUGGAAAUCGGUUGUGUGGUGUAAAUGGGAAAAUUAAAGGAUCAUUGAUUUCCUAGAAUAUCAAAAAUUGAAGAAAACAAAUUCGGUGUGGAAUUAAAAAAAAAUCUGAAUUGAGAAAAAACAGAUUUUGAUUAUAAUUGAAAAAAAUGAUAAAAAUUCAUGACAAAUCGGAAAUUUUUAUGAAUUCGAAUUGGUGAUAAGAAUUUUAGUAUUAUUUUUGUGUGACGGAAUAGAUAGUUUGUUCUAAUUUCGUUGAAAAAGCCAUAAAAAACUUCGUAACAGAACUCAUUCGAUCGAAGUUUGUGCUGAAAAGUGAAAAUUUUCUACAAUACUUCAGAAGAGAGCUAGUAAAUCUUUGAGAAGAAUUUUUGAAGAAUUCAAACGUGCUUUUUCUUAACAUUAAACGAAGAUUUUUCCAAAAAACCCAGAAAAGUGAAUCCAAAAUCGUCCAAGUUCGCCCCAUAAUUUUACAAAAAAGUCAGUAAGUGAAUAAAAAGAGACGUGGAAAAAUACUCCAUCAUAAAACAUCAAAAUUGUGAAAAGUUUACGUUCAGUUGAAGCGACGACUGAAAAAUUAGAAUAGAGAAAUUAUCACAAUUUUCAUUGAAAAAAAAAGAAGAAAAGAUAAGAAAAAAAUCCUCACAAAAAUCAAAAGUGAAAAAAUCGCAUCGAAAAAAUGAUUUUUGCAACAUUGUUAGUGUUUUUGGUGGUGACGGGAUUGGUGAAGUAUUUCUUGCAUAUGCGUCACAUGGAGAGUUAUGUGAAAGAUUUGCCAAUAAUGCGCCCUGUCUACCCCUUCAUUGGAAAUGCGCACUCGUUCAUUGGCAAAUCAACGGCUGAAAUGUUCAGUGGAAUUGUGAACUUUGUAAAAGAAAAUGAAACUCCAUCGAAGGCGUACAUUGGUCCCGUGUUAAACAUCACAUUGGAUAAACCUGAAGAUAUAAAAACGGUGUUAAUGUCAUCGGCUUGUUUGGAUAAGCCAUACAUGUACCGAUUUCUUCCCAGCACCGUUGGAAUACUCACAACUGAAUCGGGUGCAUUCUGGAAACAAAUUCGCAAACUAUUGAAUCCCACGUUUAACUUGAAAAUUUUACAAUCGUUUGUACCAAUUUUCAACAACAAAACCAAUAUUAUGCUGGAGAAUUUGGACAAGGAAGCCGGAAAUCCGAACUUUGAUCUAUCUAGAUAUAUGCACGCUUGUACGCUUGAUAUGGUUUGUGGUGAGCUCAAAAUUUUAUGUGUUAUCGAAUUCACUGAACUGCAUCCGACGAGUUCAAUGAACAAUUGCUUAAUUCAUCAUAAGACUAUUUACAUACACAUCGAGUAUUUGUUUUUGUUUUUUGAAAUGAUUGGAAAGAAAAUACAAUUGAUAGGGGAAAUAAUUAUUUUAGCGACCACAAUGGGCUUCAACGUGGAUGUGCAGCGUGACAAAAACCAGGAGUUCCUUAAGAGCAUCGAAGCAAUGUGCGAAAUUGUGGGCAAACGAUUCCUCAAAUUUUGGGCACACUCCGACUUUGUUUACCGCUGGACUGGCCUUUACAAAGUCCAACAGAAACACUGUGAAAACAUCAAUAUUCUAACGAGCCGGAUCCGUGAUAUGAAACGAGACGAAUAUUUCGCUAAAAAUAAGGAUAAAAUCGCUGAAAAGGUCAUCUCCGAGGAUUCGGAAGAGUCAUACAAGACGCCACAAGUUUUGAUUGAUCAAUUGUUUGGCCUAUUUUUCUCGGGAAAGUUCAAUGCGCAACUUGUAAAAGAACAAAUCGAAACUGUUCUAAUCGCCGGAAAUGAGACAUCAGCCCUAACCCUGUCGUAUACAAUUUUAUUACUGGCCAUGUAUCCGGAGAUUCAGGAUAAACUCUAUGAGGAACUGCACUCGGUAUAUGAUUUACAGGAUGAAUAUACUAGCUAUGAAAAAGUUCAACAGUUGCCUUACUUGGACAAAGUUUUGAAAGAGGGAAUGCGAAUGUUCCCUGUGGCUCCGUUUAUUGUUCGUACUGCCACGGCCGACACUGCAGUCAGCACAUGCAUCAUUCCAAAGAAUGCCAUCAUCAUGAUGUCCAUUUUCAACAUGCAACGCAGAAAGGACGUUUGGGGAGAAGAUGCUGAAGAAUUCAAUCCGGAACACUUUGCGCCCGAGAAUGCCAGUACUCGUCAUCCAUUCUGCUUUCUUCCAUUUAGCGGCGGCCCAAGAAACUGCAUAGGUUACCAAUACGCAAUGAUUUCAAUGAAAGUCAUAAUGUCCGGUAUAUUGCGAAAUUACAGAUUCACCACAAAUCUUAAGCUCUCCGAUCUCGAGAUGAAAUUUGAAUUAACGCUUAAAUUGGCCAAUAAGCAUAUGGUCGGUAUGGAACGACGUGUUUGGUAGACUAGUAAUCGGAGCAAUUAUUUGGUAUUUUUUCCUAAAUCUUCUCCUUAGCUCUGAAGGUCAGGUGACUUGCAUUCACUUUGCCGAACCUAUUUUUUUUUUAAAACAGAGUUUCAUAAAAUAAGUUC